UAAAUAAAUCACCCUAAGCAGCACCACAAAGGUCAAGUCGCAACCGCAGCUCAAAUCGCAGGAGCAGAACCGGACGCCAAGGAAGACGGCAUCAACGCCGUCGCAGCGGCGCAAGCAGCUGGUGGAGAUCUUUACAGACAUGCAUGACGUCUACAGCGACAAAAAGACCCCCAAGCAGCUCACCGACAAGCUGUUAAAGGAUUGCGCGGCAAUCGCAUGCAAGGCCAAGAAAAAGGGUCGUCGCCGCCAAUCAGCUGCCAUUAAGUGUGCGCUCAAGGAUCUCGAGAAGACGUAUCCGAUCAAGAAAAGGAAACCGAAGUGUGUUAAGAAAGCCAAGCGUCGCAUCAAGUCCAAGCGCUAUACAUUCCUGGUGCGCAAGGACAACUCGCGGCAGCCCACCACGCACCAUACCUGCGCACGCGGCAGUGGCCGGGUGCCCUGCCACAUGGGGUGGAUGUGGACCGAAAGUGAGCUGGCACGACAUAGAUGCUGGAAACCGGGCGCCAUCAAGAAGUCCAUACGCCAGCUAAUGGCCUAUUUUCUGCGAGACUGUCCCGCGGACAAGAUUGGCAAUUCACGGUUUCAUUAUCGCCGCCGCCGCCAGAGCCCCAACCAGCCCGAGGAAGAGGAGCCCCUGAUACAGCAUCCGACGCUGCACAUAACCAAGAAAUACGAUGAAUACACCAUCACAAUGCGUCCGCUUAAGGAUGCCAAGAGUCUGGCCGUGGACGCCAAUCCGUAUGCGAACAUGAAGCCGGUUGUCUUUCGCAUCAUCAAGGACCCGAUUGCCACGGGCAUGCGCAACAUAAAGAUCAGUCUCAAAGACAAGGGCUAUCCCGUGUGCAGCUGCCAUCAGCCGGUGGCCAGUUGUUUCUGUCGCAGUCACAUUGACCAAAAAAUAGUCGCUCACGAAGUUAAGCUGUUGAGCGAGGAGCGCGGUUGGCGUGACGUUAGCGACAUCUUCGUCUACUCGGAUCUCAGCGAGAGCGACAGCGACAACGAAUUGGAGUUUGGAGUCACACCCCCCGCGGGUGUCAUUAAGCCGGAACGCCGCCGAAAGCCCGAUCGGGUUAACUGCGAGACCCAGUACAAUGAGAAUGACUGGGCCAUGCCCACCCAGUAUCCACAUCCGGCCAGCGCCCUAGUGCAGUACGGCGGCUGUGUGAUCGGUGAGCGGAAAGCCAGAUUCCCCUGGAUCAUGGGCAAGGGCUUUGUCCAUCGGGAGCCAAAACCACCGAAGAUGAUCAACAAACCCAAACCGGUAAAGAAGAACAAGGGCAGACUGAAAGGUGGCUACGAUGGCGGCAUAUUCGAGGGUGGGUACGAUCCAUAUCAAGGCAAACGUGUCUGGCACAAAUCGAACAAAUUGGAACCUAGUCCGUUCUAUAAUUAUAACCCAGGAUCAACGCAAACGCGUUGAGCAACGUAACCUAAUUGAAAUUUUAAGUAAUGCUCAAAAAAUUUAAAAAAUCUGACUCGUUGUGUACUACCUGAUCUUAGAAAAGAGAAGUGCUGUAAAUAAAUGGUCAGUGGUUCCGCACGAAAUGUGUGCAGAUCUUAUGCAAAUAAGUAAA